CCGACCACAGCACCGAACAGUUUCAGCAGAACGACAAGAUGACAAACACACUCACUGCAGAACAGAAGAAACUUGCAAGGCGUGCUGCGACGCCUAACCUUCCGGAACCUACACCUACCUGGGCGGACAUUGGUGAAGACAAGAGGAAGGAGCUGUUUCAAGAGUUCCUAAAGCGCCUACGCAAAACCGACAACAAUACAACUACCAACAUUAUCGCCGAAACCUCAGAACUAGGUUACAUAAUAUUGCAAGAGAAGAUCAAGUCUAUGCAGCAGAGGGACCGAAGGCAGGAGAGAAAAUCUCAAGGCAAUACGCAAAGUCAGCAGAACAUCAUACCCGGCAGCGGGAACACAGCUGCCCCUUCUGACAACGAUUAGCAGUCUGGCCACUCAUAAGGGAGCUAUUCCAUCCUGGCAGUUGAUUAGAACAGGAUAUCUACUAUAGUACUUAGUACUGCUUGGGAGCUUAUAUGAUCAGCAUAUUGAAUAGAUCAUAACAAGGGAUUAAGAUUAGCUGAAUUCAUACUGUAUU